AUGAGCGCCGAACAACCAAAGGUGCCUCCGCGUCCAGCUCGCACCCAGGAGAGAGCUCCGGAUCCGACCAUGAAUGCUCCAGUAAUUCCUCCUCGUCCUCAGCGUCGUAACGACAGAUCUGUCUCUCCCAUGAGAGGAGAGUACACCCGUUCCCCUCUGAACGACAUGCCUGCUCCGAGUCCCAACGCCAUUGGCAAGAUGUACAAUCAGAAGAAUCUUUCGGCCCAGGACCUCCCUCCUCGUCCCCCAAGUGUCAGCCUUCCCUCGAUCGGCCAGGAAGGCAGUGAAUAUGCCAACCUCCAGGAGGAAGAACAAGCUGCUGCUGCACAGCACAGAAACAUUUCUCCGGACUUGCCUAUGCAUGCUCCUACGGCAUCUGUGCCCCAAUCGACUGCCAAAUCUAGAAUCCAGACUGUGACCCGUACCGACUCUAGUCAGGCUGCAUCCCAUGGAAUUGGUUCGCCUGGGGACGCCGUACAUCCUUUGAGGGCAAAGGCGAGUUUCAGCCGCUCCAACCUGUCCUUGUCUCAUGAGCCAACCGAGGAGGACGAACACGGCAUUCCCGAGAUUGGUCUCCAGGUGCCCAUGUUGAAGUACGCUGGUGACGUUCAGGCCCCUACUCCGACUCCGUCAAAGGCUGGUACACCGAGUAUUGCCUUCAAUGAUGCCGCACCUCGUAACCACCAUCGCAAGCGUAGUUCGCGCCAGGACUUCCAUGGUCCCCCCGGUAGCUACGGUAUGCACGGCCAUCGCGUGGAUCCCACGGAUCAAUUCGAGAAGGCGUGGUAUGCCAAACACCCCGAAGAGCUCGUCAAGGAACAUCGUCCUUAUGAUCCUGGUCACGCUCCCGGCGACUGGGCUCUGAGCAGUGACGACCUCAACAAGCUGGUCCACCAGAACUCUGGUCGCGGCCUUGGCAUGGGCUCCUCUCCUGCUGCCAUUGGCACCCCAGACGAGUCAAUUGGCUUCAUGGCUUCCGAAGCUUACACCUCCCGUAUGAACUCACCCAAGCCAUUGUCAAGUCUGAGCAAGCGCCCUUCGAGUGGUGCCCCACCCGCAGUUGAGUCUCCCCUGAGAAAAGAGUCAUUCACUCAGAAAGAGCUUGCGCAGAACGACAAUGCUCUAGAAAGCGAGGCCGAGGACGAGGUCAUUCACAUUGACCCCCCAGCCCAUCGUCACAGCAAGAUUCACGGUGGCGGUUACGAUCCUCCCACUGUGGAUCUUGGCCCAGAGGGAGGGAAUACCGCUGAGCGUGGUGGUUGGGUCGUCGAAGAUGGUGACGGCAUUCCCAUCUUGGCCUCUGAUGAAGUCGCCAAGAACAACCCUGAAGCCGUCUACUGGCAGCCCGCUGUCUCGCCUUCCAAGGAGAGAAAGGGCAACGAUUACUACGAUGCAUAUGCCUCGGAUUCCUCAGCCACUGGUCCAACCCGCAGACGCAGCGGUGAGAAGCUCAGAACUAGCAGUGGAGGUGAAUUGGCAAGAUUCAAGUCUCGUGAGGCUCAUCCUUCUGGUACUGGCACGCCACUCGAAGAGAUUGAGGAAUAUGAGCCUCUCUUCCCUGAAGACGACGACAAGCCCCAGCCGCCUCUGACUGUCGCCGACAAGCUCAAGCGUCCCGAUCUGGCUCGUCACCACUUCCCUAGCCAAGAUAUCUGGGAGGAUACUCCCGAGAGUCUGCAGUACCAGACUGAGGUCUCUGGUCCCCAGGAGCCCGAAGAUCUCACAAGUUCUGCUACUUUCGAGCCUCCGCAGAAGGAACAGGCACGAAAGGAGGGUAAUAACCCUGAAGAUCGUGCCGACUUCCUAUCGGCAGAAGCUAAAAGGAUGGCCAAGACCGGUUUCAAGCCUGGUGUUGCCGACGAUAUGAGCCGCCCUGCUUACAAGAACCGUUUCCCCAGCAGAGAUAUCUGGGAAGACUCACCUGACAGUCUGCAGCUUGAGACCACUGUUGAAACGCCACAGAUGGAAGACGAGGAUGUGUCAAGUCCUGCUGAAAUCAAGUCACCUGUUAUUCCUCAGCGUCCCAUCCGCUCUUCGAAGCUCUCUGAGGUGUCAACCCCCGAACCGGAGGAGAGUGCUAAGCCACAGGUUGCCGCAAGACCAGCCGGUAACCAAGCUCCUGUGAUUCCCGAGCGACCCAAGCCUCAGGUCCCAGCCAGACCUGCAAAGACGGAGAGCGCUCAAACACAAGAUGGUGCGUCGACCGACAGGGGCAUGUCGCCUCCAGCCGUCAAAGCCAAGCCUGCAGUUCCUGCAAGACCAGCAAACAACAAGUUCGCCGCACUCAAGGCUGGCUUCCUUGAGAACUUGAACGCACGUCUAGGUUCUGGCCCUCAAGCUCCUCCCAAGCACGAAGAGCCUGCCGAGGCACCUGUUGAGGAAAAGGCCCCUCUCGCUGAUGCUCGCAAGGGCCGUGCUAGAGGUCCUGCAAGAAGAAAACCUGCUGCUGAGUCUGCCGCCGUUCCUGCUGCUCCGUCAGGGGUAUCAAGUCUGUCCAUCGGUACUACAUUUACCAUCUUCCAGAUCAACGAUCACGGAGACUUGUCAGUACCCACCGACAAACUUCCUCCUUCGCUUGCCGAGGGCGCCCAGGAGAUGGAGAAGGUGGCUGCAGCAAACACCGAGGGUGCUGCCCCUGCCUCUUCAUCUUCAGCCGUUGACGACGAGAAGACCAUGCUCUCUGGUCUUCCCGCUCAAGCCAUUGGUCACAUCGGCGACACACCUGAUCCCAAGCUGUCACAAGCGACCAUGGAGCGUGCAACAGCCAUUCAACCUGACUUCGAAGCAGCGCUAGCCGACUCGGUAAAGCACGGCGAGCAACCUGCCGACGGCGAGACGGACGUUGUUCCUGCGAUGGCUGAACGCUCGUCCGAAGUGCCUAUUCCAGGUCAAACCGCCACUCAAGAUACCAGGGAACCAACAGGACUCAAGCGCGACGUCGAGGAAUUUGAAAACACAUCUACAGCCCCCAAAUCUAGCAGCACCGAACAGCCCGACGACAGCAUCGUCUCCAAACUCAGCCAAUCCGUCAACAAUGCCGUCAACUACGUCUCUGAGACUGUCUCGGAAACCGUCCAAGGCACCACCGCCUCUACUCACCAAGAUACUGCUGCUCAGCACGAAGCGUCUCGAGCCAAACCCCAAAUGACAGAUACCAGCGUGCAAACCGGCCAGCAAGACAUCACCAUUCGAAGCCCCACUGGACAAGAAGAGAGUCUCACGUUGCAUCUUGGCGGUCGUGCGCCUCAAGAGGGUAAUGUGGUUGUCAAGGAUGGACAAGAGAUUGUGGGGGAUAUGGAUGAGAGACAUCGUACUGCUACCAUUGGGCAUGGUAUGUAG